AUGGGUCUAGAUGCUUGUGGAUUGGUGUUGGCAGCAGAAAUUGGUGCUUGUGGGUCGACGGGAAUGAGUUCUGAUGCUUAUGGAUCGAUGCUGGCAACGAAGAUCGAUGCUUGUGGCUCAACUGGAGUCUUUGCUUGUGAUUUUAACGAGAUUUUGAGGAGCAAUGAAAAGCAUGGAGGAAGCAUGAGAUCACAAUCCCAAAUGCAGCUUUUCCGAGAUGUGGUUGAUGAAUGUGGGUUUCUUGAUCUUGGCUUUGUAGGACCUCAAUUUACAUGGAGUAAGCAUUAUGCAACAGGGCAUUCGGUAUGGGAAAGACUUGAUCGGGGGCUAGCCAAUUAUGAGUUGUUCACAAGAUUUGCAGGGGCACAAGUUCACCACCUUCACUCGGAUUCAUCAGAUCACCGACCACUCUUGAUCACUCUCACAGAUUUGGAGUGUGGUGUCGAACUCACUAAGUGGAGCCAUGGGAAGUUCGGUAAUGUGAGGAAUGAAUUGGAAAAAAAGAGAAGACAACUAGCUGAGGCCGAAAGGAUUGCAAUGGAGUCGGGGCUAAACACUCGGGUGAGGGAACUGAAGAGUGAAAUUGAAAUUCUCUUGGAUAGAGAGAACCAAAUGUGGCUACAACAUUCCAAAAUUCAAUGGACAGUACAAGGAGACCGUAACACACGAUUUUUUCAUAGUAAAGCAACCAACAAGUACCCAAAAAAUUACAAACAUAAGCUUAGAAAUCCAAAUGGGCAAUGGAGUGCAAAUAAUGAGGAAGUGGCAGACAUCAUUAUCCAAUAUUACAAAGAACUUUUCACCUCAGCUAAUCCCAUGUUUCCUGAAGAAGUUUUGCUGACUAUUGAAACUCGGGUUAGUGCACAAAUGAAUGAAAAGCUAUCAGCUGAUUUUAAGGUUUGGGAAGUACAUGAAGCAGUGAAGCAGAUGGCCCCUCUCAAGGCAGCGGGCUCGGAUGGAAUGCCUCCAAUUUUUUUCCAACACUUUUGGCCACUGGUUGGUGAUGAGAAGCACAAAUCUAAGAAGGAGGGAUACAUGGCAGUGAAGUUAGACAUGAGUAAGGCGUACGAUAGAGUGGAAUGGUCUUUCUUGAAAGCAGUAAUGAGACGGAUGGAUUUUACAGAAAGGUGGAUCCAAUUGAUGAUGGUGGGUGUAAAAACAGUAUCCUAUUCCAUAUUGGUGAAUGGCGAGCCCAAAGGCAUGAUCAAGCCAACCCAAGGAAUUAGGCAAGGAGAUCCCCUCUCUCCUUUCCUAUUCUUGUUAUGCACUGAGGGUCUACAUGGUCUCAUUUCACAAGCAGUCAGCCAAGGAGAACUACAUGGCUACCCACUUUGCAAAAAUGGCCCUAAACUAACCCGUCUUUUCUUUGCAGAUGAUAACUUGUUAUUUUGUAGAUCUACUCCUCAGGAAUGUGACAAAGUCUUGGAACUGUUGGAUACAUAUAGCAAAUAUUCGGGGCAGCACAUAAAUAAAGGCAAAACCACCAUUUUCUUUAGCAAGUCCACCACUCCGGAGAGCAAGCAAUACAUCAAGAAUGUCCUAGGAGUUCCUGAAAUUCGAAGUUAUGAGAAGUAUUUGGGGCUGCCCUCUUUGAUUAGGAGAAGGAAAAAGGCUAGUUUUGAAUAUAUCAAGGAGAGAGUAUGGAAAAAGCUCCAAGGGUGGGGGGAAAAAUUGCUCUCUCAAUCCCAGAGGGAAAUCCUCAUUAAAGCCGUUGUCCAAGCCAUUCUCACUUACACUAUGACUUGUUUCAAAUUACCAAUGGGAUUGUGUGAUGAAAUUGAGGGUCUUAUUAGAAAAUUUUGGUGGGGUCAAAGAGGAGAUAGACGGAAGAUCCAUUGGGUAAAGUGGAGCACUAUGUGUAAGCCGAAAAAUGAGGGGGGCAUGGGUUUCAAAGACUUGGCUAUGUUUAAUGAUGCUCUCCUAGCUAAACAUGCCUGGCGGCUUCUUCACAAUGAAAAUUCACUCUUCUAUCAAAUUUUCAAAGCAAAAUUUUUCCCGAAUUGUUCUAUCUUGGAGGCACCAGAUUCAACCAAAGGGUCAUAUGCUUGGCGUACCAUAUUGAAGGGUAGGGAGGUCUUGAAAAAAGGAGGGCGUUGGAGGGUGGGUAAUGGGAAAGAUAUUAGCAUUUGGGGUGAUGCUUGGCUACCCUCUAUAUCUACACCAAGGGUCAGUAAUCUGAUGGGGAUUGAAUUUCCAGAAGUGAGGGUAAGCUCCUUGAUCAAUGCCCAAACGUGA